GCCCGCCCCCCUUUCAGACUUGCCUCUUAUAGGAAAUCGAAAGUGAAAUAGAAAGCUGGCAGCCAUCUGCUGAGGCCCCCGGAAAGGUCACCACAAGGUCUCCACAGUGCUGCCGAAUAGGAACAUUCCCCCUAAUGGCCUCAGCAACGCCCUUGGCAAUGAUGUGGGAGGAGGUCACAUGUCCUAUCUGCCUAGAUCCCACAGUGGAGCCUGUGAGCAUCGAAUGUGGCCACAGCUUCUGCCACGAGUGCAUCUCUCAGGUUGGGAAAGAUGGAGGCAACUACUGUCCUGUGUGCCGGAAAAAAUUCCUGUGCAGGAACUUCCGGCCCAAUCGCCAGCUAGCCAACCUGGUGAACAACCUAAAACAAAUCAGCCAGAAUGCCAAGGAAGGCACACAGAGGGAGCAAUGUGAGGUGCAUGGAGAGAAACUUCACUUAUUCUGUGAGAAAGAUGGGAAGACCCUUUGUUGGGUAUGUUCCCAGUCUCGGAAACACCGUGACCACCCCAUGGUCCCUAUUGAGGAGGCAGCUCGGGAGUACCAGGAGAAGCUCCAGAUGACAUUACAGAAACUGAGAAAAGAGCAAGAGUUAGCUGAGAAGUUGGAAGUGGAUGUUGCCACGAAGAGAACAGCCUGGAAGAGGAAGGUGGAGACACAGAAAUUGAGGAUUCACACAGAGUUUGAGCAGCAGAAAAACUUCCUGGCUGAAGAGGAACAGAGGCAACUGCAGAAGCUGGAGGAGGAUGAGAGAGAACAACUGAGAAUCCUGGGGGAGACAGAGGUGGAUCUGGGCCAGCGCAACCAGGUCUUGCAGGAGCUGAUCUCAGAGUUGGAGAGGAGGAGUCGGGGCUCAGCGCUGGAACUGCUGCAGGAGGUGAAAAGUGUCCUGGAAAGGAGUGAGUCCUGGAAUAUGAAAGAGCUGAACAUCAUCUCCCCAGACCUGAGGAGUGUGUGCCAUGUGCCAGGGCUGAAGAGGAUGCUGAGGACAUGUGGAGUACACAUUACUCUGGAUCCACACACAGCCAAUCCGUGGCUCAUCCUUUCAGAGGAUCGGAAACAAGCGAAGCUUGGAGACACCCAGCAAGAGAUGCCUGAAAAUGAGGAGAGAUUUGAUACUUAUCCCAUAGUCCUGGGUGCCCAGUGCUUCGAAUCUGGAAAAUUUUACUGGGAGGUAGAUGUGACAGGAAAGGAAGCCUGGGACCUGGGAGUUUGCGAAGACUCUGUGAAGAGAAAGGGGCAUUUUUUGCUCAGCCCCCAAAAUGGCUUCUGGACAAUUUGGCUGUGGAACAAACAAAAAUAUGAGGCUGGCACCUGCCCCCAGACUCCCCUCUACCUUCCUGUGCCUCCAUCCCAAAUUGGGAUCUUCCUGGACUAUGACGCCCACACUGUCUCCUUCUAUAAUAUCACUGACCAUGGCUCCCUCAUCUACACCUUCUCUGAAUGUGCCUUCACUGGACCCCUCCGGCCCUUCUUCAAUCUCGGAUUCAAUGAUGGAGGAAGAAAUUCCGCCCCUCUGACCCUCUGCCCACUGAGGAUGGGAUGGUAGGGGUCCACUGACUAUUGAUGUCUCUCUCUGGAUACUGUUAACUCCCCCACCCUCAUUGGUACCUCUUCUCAGCCACUAACCCUGCUUUAUUUUCCCAUGAACUAAACCACCUCUGCCUCUGUAGAGGUGUCAGGAUACCAACGAGCAGACUGGCAAGGAGGUCACUGAAAGUCUGUGUCAAAUGACCUUCAAUAUCAAUAUUUCUGCCCCAGAUUGCUUUAUGAUUUCCUCCAUGAAAGAAAGUAUAUUUGGUCCAGACUCAUCUGGAUCAACCAAAACAUGUUUCUGCCUUCUUUAUGUGAAUCAAGUUUUGUUUUUUUCUCUCCACACAUAGGACUGGUCAGAUCUCUAUUAUAUAUCUUACAUGGUUUAUGAAAAAUCUUCCUACAUAAAUUAGGCCUCAAUCUAUCUUAUUCAUUCAAGCCUUGUUCUCAUACACAUCUGGGAUAAUCUUCCCAACAUACACAGAUCUGAGCGUUAAGUGGCUCCACCCUGCUGGUAGAAAAGAGCCACACUCAUUAAAGGAAGGCUGAAUUAUGCAUGCUUUAGAUUGCCAAGUUAAAUAUCCAGCCUGCUGUGCUUCCCCAUUCCUACCUUUAUCUCCCAACCACAUCUUGUUGAUAAUGGAGUUGGUUAAAGGGCAUAUCAACCUAAAUAGAAUGUAUGAUGGUUUUUUGAUAUAUCAAUUUAACUAGGCUAUAAGUCCAUAGUUUUUUAAUCAAACACUAGAGGUUGCUGUGAAGGUAUUUUGUAGAUGUCAUUAAAGGCCAUAAUCAUUUGA